AUGGUGCAGAAGUCGCGCAACGGCGGCGUGUACCCCGGCCCAGGCGGGGAGAAGAAGCUCAAGGUGGGCUUCGUGGGGCUGGACCCCGGCGCGCCCGACUCCACCCGGGACGGCGCGCUGCUCAUCGCCGGCUCCGAGGCCCCCAAGCGCGGCAGCAUCCUCAGCAAGCCGCGCGCGGGCGGCACGGGCGCCGGGAAGCCCCCCAAGCGCAACGCCUUCUACCGCAAGCUGCAGAAUUUCCUCUACAACGUGCUGGAGCGGCCGCGCGGCUGGGCGUUCAUCUACCACGCCUACGUGUUCCUGCUGGUCUUCUCCUGCCUCGUGCUGUCCGUGUUCUCCACCAUCAAGGAGUACGAGAAGAGCUCGGAGGGCGCCCUCUACAUCCUGGAGAUCGUGACCAUCGUGGUGUUCGGCGUGGAGUACUUCGUGCGGAUCUGGGCUGCAGGCUGCUGCUGCCGCUACCGCGGCUGGAGGGGGCGGCUCAAGUUCGCCCGGAAGCCCUUCUGUGUGAUCGACAUCAUGGUGCUCAUCGCGUCCAUCGCCGUGCUGGCCGCCGGCUCCCAGGGCAACGUGUUCGCCACGUCGGCGCUGCGCAGCCUGCGCUUCCUGCAGAUCCUGCGCAUGAUGCGCAUGGACCGGCGCGGCGGCACCUGGAAGCUGCUGGGCUCCGUGGUCUACGCGCACAGCAAGGAGCUGGUCACCGCCUGGUACAUCGGCUUCCUCUGCCUCAUCCUGGCCUCGUUCCUGGUGUACUUGGCGGAGAAGGGAGAGAACGACCACUUUGAUACCUACGCAGACGCGCUCUGGUGGGGCCUGAUCACCCUGACGACCAUCGGCUAUGGGGACAAGUACCCCCAGACCUGGAACGGGAGGCUCCUGGCGGCAACGUUCACCCUCAUCGGCGUCUCCUUCUUUGCUCUUCCUGCCGGCAUUUUGGGGUCUGGCUUUGCCUUGAAAGUUCAAGAGCAGCAUCGCCAGAAGCACUUUGAGAAGAGGCGGAACCCUGCAGCAGGCCUGAUCCAGUCCGCCUGGAGGUUCUACGCCACCAACCUGUCGCGCACGGACCUGCAUUCCACGUGGCAGUACUACGAGCGCACGGUGACCGUCCCCAUGUACAGCUCGCAGACUCAAACCUACGGGGCCUCCAGGCUGAUCCCGCCGCUCAACCAGCUGGAGCUGCUGCGCAACCUCAAGAGCAAGUCCGGACUCGCCUUCCGGAAGGAGCCCCAGCCGGAGCCGUCCCCAAGUCAGAAGGUCAGUUUGAAAGCCCGUGUCUUCUCCAGCCCCCGAGGCGUGGCUGCCAAGGGCAGGGGGUCCCCGCAGGCCCCGACCGUCCGGCGGUCGCCCAGCGCCGACCAGAGCCUGGAGGACAGUCCGAGCAAGGUGCCCAAGAGCUGGAGCUUCGGGGAGCGCGGCCGCGCGCGACAGGCCUUCCGGGCCAGGGGCACCGCUUCCCGGCAGAACUCGGAAGAAGCAAGUCUCCCGGGGGAGGAUGUCGUGGAUGACAACAAAAGCUGCAACUGCGAGUUUGUGACGGAGGAUCUGACCCCGGGCCUCAAAGUCAGCAUCCGGGCUGUAUGUGUCAUGCGGUUCCUGGUGUCCAAGCGGAAAUUCAAGGAGAGCCUGCGGCCCUACGACGUGAUGGACGUGAUCGAGCAGUACUCGGCCGGCCACCUGGACAUGUUGUCUCGCAUCAAAAACCUGCAGUCCAGGAUAGAUAUGAUUGUGGGCCCCCCACCCCCUUCAACUCCCCGGCACAAGAAGUUCCCCAGCAAAGGACCCACGGCCCCUGCGAGAGAGGCACCCCAGUACUCACCUAGAGUGGACCAGAUCGUGGGCCGGGGCCCGGCGAUAGCGGACAAAGACCGGGGCAAGGGCCCGGCCGAGGCGGAGCUGCCCGAGGACCCGAGCAUGAUGGGACGGCUGGGGAAGGUGGAGAAGCAGGUCCUGUCCAUGGAGAAGAAGCUGGACUUCCUGGUGAACAUCUACAUGCAGCGCACGGGUGUCCCCCCGACAGAGACCGAGGCCUACUUUGGGGCCAAGGAGCCGGAGCCGGCGCCGCCGUACCACAGCCCUGAGGACAGCCGGGACCACGGCGGCAGGAACGGCUGCAUCGUCAAGCUCAUCCGCUCCAGCAGCGCCAUGGGCCAGAAGAACUUCUCGGCGCCCCCGGCCGGACCGGCCGCCCAGUGCCCGCCCUCCACCUCAUGGCAGCAGCAGUGCCACCCACGCCAGGGCCACGGCACGUCGCCCGUGGGGGACCACGGCUCGCUCGUGCGCAUCCCACCACCACCCGCCCACGAGCGGUCCCUGUCCGCCUACGCUGGGGGCCCCCGGGCCAGCACGGAGUUCCUGAGGCCGGAGGAUGCGCCGGCCUGCAGGCCCCACGAGGGCGGCCUGCGGGACAGCGACACGUCCAUCUCCAUCCCGUCCGUGGAUCACGAGGAGCUGGAGCGCUCCUUCAGCGGCUUCAGCAUCUCCCAGUCCAAGGAGAACCUGGACGCCCUCAACAGCUGCUACGCGGCAGUCGCGCCCUGUGCCAAAGUCAGGCCCUAUAUUGCUGAGGGCGAGUCGGACACGGACUCGGACCUCUGCACCCCGUGUGGGCCCCCGCCGCGCUCCGCCACGGGCGAGGGCCCCUUCGGGGACAUGGGCUGGGCCGGGCCCCGGAAGUGA